AUGGCCUUUGUUUGCAUGCUGAAAACACCUAAUCGUAUAAAUGAGGAAUUUAAUUUUACCACAGACAACAAACAGUGUUCCGGUUUAGGCGAUCAUUCUGUAGACCGAAGUUACGAAGGAGAAUUCGAGUGGAACGACUCCUUACAAGCCAACAUGUUGGCAGGUUACUUCUAUGGGUAUAUGGCAACAAAUAUUUUGGGUGGACUUUUAGCAGACAAAUAUGGUGGAAAAAAAGUCCUAGGAAUUUCGCUUUUAUCAAAAUCAAUUUUAACCAUUCUUCAUCCAAGUUUAUCUGGAGUUAGUGCUUAUUUUACACUUGCUCUAAGAAUAUUAACCGGUUUACUAUCAGGGCCAGUGCCCCCUGCAAUUCAAUCAUUAUUUGAACGUUGGGGCCCUUCACAGGAGAUAGGUUUAUUGGUUGGUUCCGCAUUUGCAGGUCAAAUUCUAGGUAGUAUUGUAGGUCUUUCAUCUUCUGGUCUUCUUUGUGUUUAUUGCUUUGAUAAUGGAUGGGGUUCUAUAUUCUAUGUAUUCGGUGGAAUAUCGUUGGUGUUUAGUUGUGUGUGGUUUUAUGUGGUUUAUGACAGCCCAGACGUCCAUCCCACUAUUAGUGAAGAAGAACGUUCCUAUUUAAAGAAAACUAUAACAAGUGAAAAGUUAGUUAAAACAAUACCUUGGAAAGAAAUGCUUUCCUCACCUGCAGUUUGGGCGAUAAUCGUCGGUUUCUUUGCUUAUUGUUGGACAGAUUUAACAUUCCAGGUGUUGUUACCACUCUAUACGAAGGAAGCCUUAAACAUUAAAACAACAUCCAAUGGUUUAAUGUCGUCUGCCCCUGCCAUUGGUCAAAUCAUUGCUUUACCGUUGUGUGGAAGAUUUGCAGAUUUUAUACUUUCAAAGAAAUAUCUCUCAAAUCGUAUCGUUCGAGUUUUAUUCCAAAGCGUUUCUCUGAUUGUUUCAGCAUGUCUGUUGAUUGCCAUCGGAUUCCUCAGAUGUGACCAAACCAUUCUAAUAAGUAUUCUUUUGAUUCUAAGUGGUAUAACUCUAUCAUUUACCAGUGGUGGUGUUCUUGUCAACAACAGAGACAUUGCUGUUCUUAUUUUAGUGCCGAAAAUGCUGGAAGGAACUGUAUCAAACUUUGUCAUUGAAAGUUACACAGACACCAGAAGAGUGUGCAUUGUGCCCAAAACCUCAACAUUGUCAUCAGGAUGCAGGCCAGAUACUACAACAACUUGA